AUGUCCUUAGAUAAUAAUUCUGAGGCUGUGACUGUGAGAUGCCCUGUCGAUGUGACUAGCAUUGCUGACUGCUGGUACGAAGAGAGUGCGGCGAUGAAUCCUAGGGAGGAGAGUAUAGCUGUUGUUUGCUGUACUGUGAACCUGUGUACCACACCUCGUGGUAGUCCAGUCGGUCUAGAAAGCGGUAAGGUUCCCAACAGCGCUAUUUCAAUCUCGAGUAGGUACAAUUAUAAGUUGGGUAAACCAAAAGCCCGUCUGAACAGUCCUUCUGCGUGGGUCCCCAAAGAUGAUGACGAAGACCCCUGGCUUCAGAUCAAAUUCAACUCCGCCUAUGUAAUCACCGCCAUCUUGACGCAAGGCAGAGCAGAUAGUCCAGACCAGUGGGUGACAUCGUACAUAGUUUCAUCCAGUAUGGACGGAGCAUCUUGGACCCACUACCAGGAUAUCAACACCAACACAGUCAAGGUCUACACAGGAAACUACGACCCAAAUAGUUUUGUGGUGCACACCAUCUUUAAGCCGAUCGAAUGCCGAUUCUUUCGUAUCUAUCCAAAGACGGCCAAUAAUGUACACCGGUCCCUCAGGCUUGAGCUCACUGGCUAUGGACCUCUCAAUGACUUAAUAGGUGGGUAA